CGAACGGAUGUGCGUAACGCAUGCGAGCGACUUGGUUUUAACGUUAGUGAUUUCAUACAAUUUAAAUGUAUUAUUGUCGGUAGAAUACAGGAAUAGAAAUACGCGCAAGAACAAGUGCACAGCCUUUUUUCAAAACCGUCGUAUAGCAAAAUAACGACAAAUUCUAAUGAAACAACCCUCCGUUAAUGUCGUGUCGUCAAAUAUUUAUACACACACCCACCGCUGUUGUUGCUUCCCUCUUCGCCUAACACCAGCGUGUGGCGCCAACAUAUGUAAAAGAGCGCAUUAAAGAAAGAAAAGAAUAACAACACACCACCUACAUAGGUAUACAACACCAACAAACAUAAUUGUAACUGGACCAGAAUACACCAAAGACCGAGCAGACAAUAACAAGAAACAACAGCAUCCAAAGCAUCAUCAAGAACAGCUGCCGGGACUCCCACAACAAUUAAAGCAGAUGAGUUGAAUGAACGCCGACGACAAGCCGCUCUCAGUCGGCUGCAAUUAGAAGCCAGCAGUAGAUUACGUUCCCGAACCCCAUCCCCAUCACCAUCCCCGACUCAUACCGCUGUCAGCUCGCAGAGCAACUUUAAUUGAGAAGGCAACGGGAACGGCAGCGUUUUCAGAUUGCCGGUCAGAAGAUGCCGUCGUUGCGUCAAAAGGUCACCACGUAUUUUCGUCAAUUGAGCUUUAUAGCCGAACCAAGGGAGGGAUCGGCCCGCUCUGGACGACAUCGCGUGACUGCAGACGAAGAUGAUGAGGGCAAUUUCAUAAUCAAAUAUCUGGAGGGCCGCAUGGAACGUCAGUUCGUGCCCGGACCAGAGAUCUACAAUGGCCAGAGUCCGACGGAGAUGCCAGUGCUGAAGCUGGGACGAUAUGCCGGUGGAACGAGUGCCAUCACUGCCGCCUGCACGGGCCCGGAUGAGGGUCUGACAGGCAUCAAGCGCUCCAAGCUGCAUCUGAGUGCCAGCUAUGCGGACGACAUAGACUUCAUAGACACUCAGCAGGAGAACGAUUGCUAUGAGGUGCGCAAAAGCACCGCCAGCACAACAAAUGGGAACCAAAGCAAUCAAAGAUUGAGCAAUAAGUUCGCCCGGACAGGCAGUUCGCGACGUCAGAGCAAUGCUGACCAGGCGUCGGGCAAUGCGAAGGGUGGUUCGAACGCAGGAGUUGCGGGAAUGCGCUCCAGAAAGAACUCCAAGACGGGCAUUGCGAAUCUUGUGGGGGGUAGCAAGGAGCAGGAGGCCAAUAAGGCCACCACCAUUGUGGUAAGCAUGGUGAGCAGCAGUCGCUCGCCAGCCCCCUUGCGAGCCUCCAAUGAUCAGAAUAACAAAAAUGUAAUGAACGGAAAGACUGAGACAACGACUUCUCCCGAUCCAGCUAGCAAGGAUGCCACAGCACAUGAGCUGCUCGAGAAUGCUACGGAACGUCUGCUCCGGGAGGCCGUUAGCAAUCAGAAUGGCACACCCACAGCUCCAGCCCCGCCCACACUCACAGAUGUCGUGGCCGGGGUGCACAAUUGGAAAAUGGAAUGCGAGUCCGCAUACGGCAUUUCGGUGUCCCUCUAUGAAACAAACAUGCUAACCAAGGAGCCGAUGGGCAAUCCCAUUGCCGACUGCUAUGGGAUGGUGGUGCGUGGUGACGCGGCCGCGAUGGCAAUGGCCGAUGGUGUCAACUGGGGAGAUGGAGCACGUUUGGCGGCCCGCUCUGCCGUACACGGCUGUCUGGAUUACUUGGAUCGUGCAGUAUUUGGACAGGCACAAGAAUGCAUGGCCACGACCACACAGGAGGUAUUCGUAAGUCUGCUGCGCAGCUUAUGGGAAGGCCAUGGAUGUAUACUGGAGGUGGGCGGCGCACUGUCCACCCUCACCAUUGCGGUGGUGUUGCCCCUCGAUGGAGAUGGGGGAGACCGCAAAAAGUAUGUAGUCUGCGCCUGCAAUGUGGGCGACUCUCUCGGCUACGUGUACUCCAAGCAGCACGGCGUGCGUGAGUUCACGCAAGCCUCUCACGACAUCAGCUCUAUGCGUGAUAUGCGCGAUGCUUUGGGCGCCCUAGGACCCGCCGAUGGCAACAAGCCGGAGCUCAGCAAUCUGACCUUCUCUAUGACCUUCAUCGAACGCGGCGACAUCGUUUUUCUCACCUCCGAUGGCAUCAGCGAUAAUUUCGAUCCCGUCGUGGGGAAAUUCGCCGAGGCCUGGACUCCAGAUGUUAAGCUGCAGACAACAACGGCUCUGAACGGAAGUAGUUUGGCGCCCAAGCGGCAGAACAAAAGCGCUUCGGCCAUCUAUGCCCGCCUCCAUCCGUCGACGCCGCCCACACGUCCCGCACGCCAUCAGCCAAAGUCGAGCAGUCCGCCGAGUAAUGUGCCCAGCAGACCCAAAUAUAUGCGCAGCCAGACUGUGAUCGAGCCGCGACGUCUCUCCUCAGCUGGCGCUCAGGCCACAAAGCCCAUAACUGCCGCCUCAUCACCACCGCCCAUACAGCGCAUACCCAAGAGUGUAUCUGGGUUGCCGCUGGUUACAGGUCCACAGCGACAUGCACUGACACUCCACCGCCUGGAGGAUUUACUCAGCUACGGCAUCAAUGGCACCUUCUCGCCUUGCGUCUCGGCCCGCCGUCUCUGUCAUCUGCUCAUCGAUUUUGUGCGUAUGAUCACGUCGGCCCGAAGGAAGACUUUGGAGCAGCGCGAACUCUUCUACAAGUUGGCCACGGGAGCAGAUGGAGUGAGGCGUGAGGUGGAGCUCAAUCGGAUGCAGCAUCGAGCCGCACGGAAGCGAAUUGUCGAUAGCAGCGCCUUCAGUGCUCUGCCUGGAAAACUGGACCAUGCCACAGUGCUGGCUUACACUGUGGGUAGCGGCCAGCAGGCGACUAUGAAUGGCAAUGCUACCAGCACAGAAGAGAGAGACGGUGGUGGAGGAGGUGGCGGAGGCAUUGCUGCGCCUUUGCUGCAAUCGAAGGAGUUCAAGGAGACGAAUUUCUAAAUCGCAAUUAACCGACAGGACUGUGCAACUCAUACAUACAUACAUACUUUUGGAUGUAUUUUUUCUCACUUAUAAGCUAUAUACCAUAAUAUAUAUACACAUAUAUACGUACAUAGGCUUACAUAAAAAUAUGCGCAUAUAUACAUACACAAAUACUAUAUAUAUUUGAUAAACAUGAAGCUUUUUAUCCAUUAUUUAAGUUGUUGAUUUCAUUUUAAAUUGUUUAACAUAGCUUUGCUUUUGUCAGCCAUAGUCUUUUAGUCAU